AUUACCCUUUUGGACUGUUGAAUACAAUUACAAUAUCCCCUUAGAUUGACUUAUAUUUAAUUAUUCCGUAUAACGUACUGCCAUUGAAAAUGUUUCGUACAAAGGAAUUUUGGUAUACAGAUAGAGGGAGUAUGAGGCUGCACUAAUCGCCUUAUUGACCGGUUACUGGACGAGGUUGUUGCCGGUUCGUGCAUUUUCGGUCUCUCUUCGUGUAUACUUUGGACGUUUUCGUAUCGGCCGCUGCGCGUUGGGGGCGCCACUGUACAGUUGUUUAGCGUCCUACCGUGCGACGUUGCCAAAUGUAUUGACUGGAACACGAAUGAAGACAAAACGUACGCGCGUUGUGUUCAACUUAUAACCGGCAGCUUUUUUAUUGAAUAAACUUCGGUGUUUUCAGUUAUUAAUUGAUUGUUGUUCAUGAAAAAAAUGGUUUGGCUUGCAUAAUAAAGCUGAUACUUUGUGAUGAAAAUAGGUUUUGUGUUUUAAGUAACAGUGUUAUACUUAAAACAUAAGCUGCGAAGUCGACAGUAAAGUGAAGCUUUUUAAAAUAAUAUUUUCUGAGGAUAUGUGUCGGAAAACAAUACAAAAUAAAGAAUAAGGGAAGGUAACCGAGGCUGAAUAAAGAUAUUGGUUAGCCCAAAGCGAUAGUGAUAUGGGGGAACGGGGCACAACGGGGGGCGCUUGGGGUGCGCGCGACGAUGCCUCGUGGUGGACAAGUGGCUCCGGGGAGCUUCAGCAUCAACAACAAUUGAAUGAGGAAAUAGCAAGGAGUACUGCCACUGUUACCCAUCAGUUAUAUACAUAUAAGAUGGCUACUGGCUUUUCAAAUAAUACUGGAAAUAAUACGUCGCCUGCGUUCGACUAUCGUUUAAUGACUGGAUCUAAUCCUAGGGAUGAAUCUCCUCAGCAACCUUGGUGGUAUGCUUCUGGCGGUGUAGAAUCACAACAACAAACUUCUUCUCCAACGCAACAGAAUCAAUCAAGUCCAGACUCGGAUCAAAGUAACCACCAGACGAACACAAUUCAACAAAACCAUCAGGCACUUCAGCAGGCACAAGAACAGGCUCAGCUACAACAAAGCCAGUUGCAACAAUUGCAGCAACAACAACAAAGCCUGCAACAGGCAUUACAGCAGCAAAAUCAGAGUCUGCAACAGUCUUUACAACAGCAAAGUCAACAACAAACUCUGCAACAGAUGCUACAACAGCAACAGCAGCAACAUCAACAGCAACAUCAACAGCAGCAACAUCAGCAACAACAACAACAACAUCAGCAACAACAACAACAACAGCAGCAGCAGCAACAACAACAACAACAUCAGCAGCAACAUCAACAACAGCAACACCAACAGCAACAUCAUCAACAGCAACAACAACAGCAAAAUCAACAGCUUGAAAUACAAGUUAGCCAGGCCCAAGCUAAAGCACUUGCUCAGGCAGCAUUACAACAACAAGUUGCUCAAACAUUGCAACAACAUCAGCACAAUUUAGAAGUUGCUCAACAGCAACAAAUCCAAGCUGCUCUUCAAAGACAAUCAGCUACAUUGCAGGAAUUGCAGCAACAGGCUCAACAGCAAGCAUUGCUAGCUCAAGCUACAAAUAGAUCCAGAAUGCCCAGAGCUCGUGCAUACAAUAAGCCCAGAGGCAGAAUGACAGCUUACGCUUUCUUCGUACAGACCUGUAGAGAAGAACAUAAGAAGAAACAUCCAGAAGAAAAUGUUAUAUUUGCUGCCUUCUCCAAGAAGUGUGCCGAGAGGUGGAAUACAAUGUCUGAGAAGGAGAAGCAACGUUUCCAUGAAAUGGCUGAACAAGACAAGAAGCGUUAUGAGUUGGAGAUGGCGAGUUAUGUGCCCCCCAAGGACGUGAAGAUCAGAGGCAGGAAGAGGCAUGCACUGAAGGAUCCCAACGCACCCAAGAGAUCUCUAUCAGCGUUUUUCUGGUUCUGCAACGACGAGCGUUCGAAGGUGAAGGCCAACAAUCCAGAGUUCACGAUGGGUGAUAUAGCCAAGGAGCUAGGAAGACGAUGGGCGGCCGCGGAGCCCGACACCAAAUCCAAGUACGAGUCGCUCAGUGAACAGGACAAGGCUAGGUAUGAUAGGGAAAUGACGGCAUAUAAGAAGGGACCAUUGUCAUUAGUCCAGCCACAACAGCAAGAGGUCGAGGAAGAAGGAGAUUUUGAUGGAGAAGAAGAAUAUAAGUAGAGGAAUAAGAGAAAUGUUGAGACGUGGUUUAUAGCGCUCGAUGGGCAUUAUAUAGAAACAUUGUAAUAGGCAACUGAAGGGGAGAGAUUUCCCUAGAGUCAACUGCAUGCGCACAUACGAGUACAUGUCAUACUUGUGAAAUCGGAAGUAGUGUUAAGAUCAAAAGCAAUAUAUUUUUAAAAUCUUAUAAUAUAUAAUAAUCAUUAAUUUUGUUAGCGUGUUGUCAUUAUCAGAAACUUAGUCCAUUGAGCGCUGUGUUGAUAUACUUUUUAUUUAUAGGACACUUAUUCUGACACCUUCAUAUCAUAAAAAUGUCACGUAACACGUUCUCGGUCUCGUUUUUUGCGGUCUAUCUAGAAAUGUACAAGAACAGCUAUUUUUUUAAACGCAUUUUUGUUUUAAAAUUUUAAACUUCGCAGUAAGUGUUACUCGAACUACUCAGCAUAGAUCUGAUUUUGUAUGGGCUGUUUGAAUGGAAGCUUAGCUCUCAUGAUUUCUGUCCAUUUUUUAAUAUCUUGAAUAUAAGUCUCAAUUAUAAUUUGGGAACAAACAUAAGUCCAUACAUUGAAAUACAUCGACACGGUCUGACAUUAAGUGAUGUGCGCUUUAUUCAAAUUAUAUUGUACAGAUUGUGUUCAUCGCGUUACUUCUGGACUUUUAUUUGCGAUAAUGUUAAUGUGAAAUAAAGUGCAAAGUAUUUUAAGCAGGUAUUCGUCGGGGCUCUCGAUAGUGCGCCGCGCCUGGCAAUGUUUGUAGGUCUCGCUCGGAGAACCAAAUAGAAUCGGUCAAAAAUAAUGACAAUAUAAUUGAUAAUCGGUUCGGUUAUGCCAUAUCAUAACUCGGACGUGAAGGAAUGUCGUCCUGUAAAUUAUGUUGCCUUAUAUUCGCCAGGCUGUAUCUAGUUGUAGCCAGGAAACUGUCAGUCAUUGAUGUUAAGUUAGUAUACAAUGUUGUACAUUCGGCUCCCUGUCGGCCGAGGGUAUCUGAACGGAGUUUUGUACUUGUGAAGCGGCAGAUCAUUAUAAUGGCAAUCCCUGUAUGUUAUUUUGUUACAUUGAUGUAAUGUAAAUAGUUAUAUAGCUUAGAUAAAUUAUAUUUCUUUAGAUUGUUACGUUUAAUUUGGAAGUUGAGCAUCGAUUGUAUGUAUGUUUAUUUUGUAAUUGAAGAAAAAAAAAUCAUUUUUGUUUUAUCUUUGCGUAUUUUUAUACAUGUACAUACGGACUGUGAGAUCGUGAUAGUACUUAAAAUAAUAUUGUAUUAAGAGUUCCAUUAGUAGUUUAGUGGCAUACCUCAGGAAGUCGGGACGCGUUAGCUUUAGUCGAUUCUAUGAAAAAUUUUGGUAUGAAAUUAUAUGGAGUGAAUGAUUAUAAUAAUGACAUAAUUUAGUCGCAACGAGAACGGAUCAAAAAAAUAUUUUUGUUAAUUAACAUGAUUUUUAUAGAAAUUUAAUUAUUCGUCUCUUGAAAUAUAAGAUUAAAUGAAAAAACAGAUGUGAAUUAAACUAUUUCUUCAUAAAAUCUCGUGAAACAGUGAAUGUGAGAAAACCCGAGGUGUGAUAUAACUACAGAUAUAAAUAGUAUGUUACCAUUUAAUUCAUUUGCAUUCAUAGUAAGUAAUUUUUUUUUAUUAUUACAUUGGCAACACUAGCGUCAUUAUGAAAGUGUUGAUAGAAAGCGCGUUCUUUGUCCAUAAAAAUCUUGUUAAAUGUUUUACUUGGACAGUAUUUGAUAUUUAUUUUAACAUAUUAUGUCAUUAUACGCGUGGGACGGUGUACGGUAUGCGUAAAGGCGCUAUUGUUUUGAAUAUGUGAUCUGUACAAAACAAUAUAGUGAAUCUUUUACACUACA